AUGUUCGUCAAACUCGUUGCAACCUUCGCACUCGCCACCGCUGGCGCCAAUGCCGCCGUCCGCCAGGCAAUCUGCAGCUCUCAUGGUAUGUUCCUCAACACUGAGAGUGGGCACACGCCCUGUGACAUUGGGGCCUUGCUCGUUGGGGGCGGCAUCAAGCCAGCGGAUUCUCCGUUCCCAGACCUCAUCAGCCAGGGCUUGGACCGCUACCCAGCCCCAUCCGCCAAUGAGGCUGACGAUCUGAGAUGCAACCCCAUCUUCUACAACCUUGCCAGCGCCUGCGGUGCUUGUCAAGCCUCGACACUCAACUGGACGACCUGGGCCGAAUGGACUGUCAACUGCAAGUCGGUGACCUCCCCUGCUUAUGUAAUCGAACGCAUGCCCGCCGACAUCCCCAUUCCAGGCUGGGCCUUUGUCCCUCCUGCAAUCACCAAUGGAACCUUUGACAAGUUCUCUGCCCUCACCGAGUCUGCCGCCACCAUCCCCGACUCGUACUUCCCCAAGUUGGUUGUGACAGCCAUCACCGUCUGUGACUCACCCAAACUGACGCCCAGUCAACUUGCGGGUGCCAUUGUUGGAGGACUUGUUGGACUCGGUACUCUUAUUCUCAUUGCUGCGUUCAUCUUCCUCCGGCGCACUCAAGCUGCUAGGUCUGUCGUUGGGGGCUUUGGUCGUGCGAGCACUUCGUCCUCUGCGGACAGCAUCAUGAGGCAAAAGGCCACCACCUAA